UCACUGGACCGUAUCAAAUCCCGGAUGUGUGGACCAGACCAGACACCUGCUGGAUGGCAUAGGCCUGCCCACUCCAGGAGCAGGAGCACUUCCUCCUCCAGCCACUCACGACAGAAAGUAAAGGUCUGGGAGGUAAUGGAGGAUUUACGGAUGGAUAAAAGUGCCAGUGAAGAGACCAGACAUGAUGUGAGUUAUCCAAGCAUCUGUGAAGGAUACCUGAUGAAGAAAAGAAAAUGGCCUCUCAAAGGCUGGCACAAGAGAUACUUUGUGUUGGAAAAAGGGAUACUUCGAUAUUCAAAAAAUCAAUAUGAUAAUUCUAAGGGAAAACUACGUGGGUCAGUGGAUGUCAGUCUCGCAGUGAUGUCAGUAAACAAAAAGGCAAGACGUAUUGACUUAGAUACUGGACACAUUCUCUAUCACAUCAUGGCAAAGAGCCAUGAUCUCUUCUACAUGUGGGUGAACAAACUCAGUAUCCAUCGCAUGUAUAAGAGGAAUGAGGUGGCAUUUAUUCACAAUGGCUUCCUGCAAGCUCUUUCUCAGGACAGAAAUACAGCUCAAAGAAAGAAUUCCAUGCAAGAAGUGAGUGUGUCUAUCUCUUCCUCGAAUGAUGUGCCAGCUCAGACUGCAAAGAUAUCAUCUGCCAACCCUGAAAUUAAUGAGGCUAAAGUGUCUGCCUGGCUGCAGCAGACACAGGAUCCAGACAACUGCACUCAAGAGUUGAACCGCUGUCAGACAGACCUGAGUGAUCUGAAGCUACUCGUCCAGAAGCUGCAUUCCUUGGACUCGGGCCAGGCUGCCAAUAAUGGAGAGCUUCAGAGGAUCCACAGCAUGCAGAAUCUUUCACUUGAAAAGCCCAAGAAGAAAUAUGGCAAGAUAUGGGGCCACAAUCGCACACUUUCUCGGGACACUCUAGGGAUGUUUUCAUCCAAACAUUUAAGUGCUUCGUCCCAUCUGGGUACUUCUGUGCCCUCCAUUCCUGACUCCAUCUCCUCCCAGCUGGCUCCACCAGUGUCCAGCUCUUUUGAGAGCCAGAAGCUCUUCCAGGACAUCUGCACCAUGUCCCAAAGAUUGCAGAUGUCUCUGAGUGCUGUGCACGAGGCCCUGUCUCAGGAAUACCAUCGGAUUCAGGAGGCCUGGACCAGUGGCGAGCUUCGCCAGAACACUUCUGUUCAGAUCAACAACCUCUGUACCACCCUCACUGAGUUAGAUAUGCAGUCCCACCAAACACAAAUCCACUCACGGUCAGAGUGCUCUGACUCUGAGGAAUCCUUCCACACUGUGACGCUGAGAAAGUCUGUACGCCGUUCCUCUUCGUUCACACCCUCGGUGGCAGACUCAACGGCUGAGUACUUUGACGCGUGCAAUGACAUCCAUCGCACCGAGGCAUCAGACGAGUCGGGCUUGAGCGAUGCCUCUAGUGCCUCAGAGCCAGACGAGGAUCGUGCCACUGCAGCGUGGAAAUACCGAGCCAGCCUGUCUAAGGCGCCUACAAAGCUGCGGCAGGGCCAGUGGAGCACGAGCCGUCGCACCAGUCUGCUCGCCACCUGCCCUGACAACAGCCACGUGGGCCUCAUCUCCAUCCUCUACAAUAACAUUGGAAAGGACCUGUCCCUUGUGUCCAUGCCCGUGGUCCUGAACGAGCCUGUCAACCUGAUCCAGAGGCUCUGUGAAGAGCUUGAGUACUCAGAGCUACUGGAUACAGCCAACGAAACUGAUGACCCCUACCAAAGAAUGGUAUACAUUGCGGCCUUUGCCAUCUCUGGCUAUGGUACAGCUCAAUACCGUAACCGCUAUAAGCCUUUUAAUCCAGUCCUGGGAGAGACGUUUGAGUGUGUAAGGGAAGACAGAGGUUUCCGUUACAUCGGUGAACAAGUUAGCCAUCAUCCACCCAUCUCUGCUUGCCAUGCUGUCUCUGAAAACUUUUGCUUUUGGCAGGACCAGAGAUGGAGGAAUAGAUUCUGGGGAAAGUCUUUGGAGAUAAUUCCAACUGGAAUGGUGAAUGUCACUCUACCAAAGUAUGGAGAUCAUUACGAGUGGAACAAAGUGGUGACAUGCGUCCAAAAUGUUCUGAGUCAGCAGCGCUACUUAGAGCACUAUGGAGAGGUCGUAAUCAGGAACCUGAACAACUCUCUCUGCACCUGUAAUAUCACAUUUGUUAAGUCCCGCUACUGGGGCUCAGAUACAAAUAAAAAUGCAGUUCAAGGUCAAGUACUUGACCAGAGUGGCAAUGUUGUGCACCGAUUUGGUGGAUUUUGGCAUGAGGGAAUCUUCUGCGAUACACUGCCCAACCCACAGUGUAUUUGGAAGCCACACCUUCAGCCUAAGGACUAUAACCUCUACUAUGGGUUCUCUAGCUUUGCUAUGGAAAUGAAUGAGCUGACCCCUGACCUUACACCUCUGCUGCCCCUCACAGACACGCGACUACGUCCGGACCAGAGGCUGCUGGAGGAAGGGGAGGUGAAGGAAGCAGACAAGAAGAAAGACGAGGUGGAAGAAAAGCAGAGAGCGCGAAGGAAACUUCUGGCCAAGAAAGGAGAGGAACACAUCCCUCGAUUCUUCAGGAAAUCUGUUGAUGAUGCUGGUAGAGAAGUAUGGCUGACAAAUGGAACUUACUGGAAGCUCAGAGAAAAUCCUGGAUUCAGGAAAAUUAAAACCUUGGAACUUUGGUGAAUCUUAGAAAAAAACAACUGAGACUGAGACUGUCUUAACUAUAAAAUAUUCUUUGACUUUUGUAAAGCUUACAUGAACCUGAACAUGAAGCAGACUGUGGAGCAUGAAUGAACUGCCCAGGAUCCACACUGGAUGGAUAAUGGAUAAUGCUUUUCUCAUUAAAAAAAUUGGUGUCCCCCUUUCUCACCGCAGAAGCAUUCAAGCUCUUCCCUUUCUUAAUGAAGAACAUUUCCACCUCAUGGUGGAAGACAAUUCAUGUCAGUUUGCCUUCUCCCCCCAAAUGCUUAUGUACUAGUAACACCAAUGAAACACAAUAUGUGGGAUUCAUGUGUUUCCCAUUAGUGCUUCCAGUAUGUGUGUAUGCCUCAUGUUGUUAGUGCAUAUCAUUAUAGUAAUUGAAAAGCAAUUUAUGGUUAUUAUAAACAAAACAUAACAGUGAUGG